ACACAAAAUAAUCAUAAAAAGAGACAAAACGACCACAAACAGAGUGAUUAUGACCAAAAAUGACCACAGAGAGACACAAACUGACAAAGAAACAAAAAUGACUGAAAAAGGCUCAAAAAGACACAAAAUGACAACAGAAAAAACACAAAAUGACUCAAUGAGACACAUGAUUAUCAUAUAAAGAUACAAUACGACGAGAAACACACGAAACAACUACAAAAAGUUGCAAAAUCACCACAGAGACACACAAAAUGACCACAAAACACCUAAAAUGACCAGAAACAGACUGGAAAUGACCACAAAAAUGCACAAAAUGACCACAAAAAGAUCUAAAAUUCCCACAAAACAGUCUGAUAAUGAACAGAAAAAUUUAAAUGUGAAUAUUUUUGCACUAAAACAAAGGAAACAUUUGGAGUAGUUGUUAUUUAUAGGCUAUUCUGCUGUGAUUUUACUGGUCCGGUCCACUGGAGAUCAAACUGGGCUGAAUGUGAAACCUGGACUAAGAUGAGUUUGACACUCCUGAUCUAAAGUUUGUAUUUCCAUUCACGCCCAUUUAAGGGGUCAAAUGAACAUGAAUUAGACAGGAAUUUUUAUCAAAUUAGACAAAAGUUUUCCUACUAAUAGAUCUGCUCUGAGCCACAGCUGUCAGCUUAUAUGUCACUCGUUCAGAAUGAAUUGAGAAACACCGGUCUGUCUUUCAUGGUUUAUUACGUUUAUGCAGCUCAUUUCACUGGGAGGGAAUCUCUACAGUCACACAAACAAAUUCCAUAUGCAAACAUGCUGCACUCAACAAACAUUCCCCAGAAAGAUGCAAAAUCCUUCCCUCUGUCAGUCAGCUCUUUGAAAAACAGCUGAUGUGUUUCUAGCGGCCUCACUGAGCUUCUCUGAGCUGGAGGUGAAGGAUGUUUGUGUUUCUGCUGGUAUCCUGCCUGCUGCUGCUGCUGCAGGCGGCUGAUGGGGAACUGGAUCACAGCUCUCAGGGUCAGGGGAUGCAGCUACAAGGCGACUUCUCCAUCGCUGGGUUCUUUCCUCUCCACUACAUUGACCAAGAAAGUACCGGUCUGCCUGCUUUGGCUCCAUGCAGCGAAGGUGUAGCCAGCCAACAUGGGUUUCAUAUGAUGCAGGCCAUGAGGUUUGCUGUGGAGGAAAUCAACAACGGCAGAGGAGAGCAGCCUCUUUUACCGGGAGUGAAGCUCGGCUACCAGCUGUAUGACGUCUGUUCUGAGCCCUACGGCAUCCUGGCUGCUCUGGACCUGGUGGAGCAGCAUCACCAGAACCCUGCAUCAUCUGGUUCACAGGGAGAAACAAACUCCAGCAAAACGCAAACAACGCUGGCUGUUAUCGGACCUGACAGCAGCAGCACGACGUUCAUCCCCGCUGCUUUACUGGGAGCCUAUUUCAUACCACAGAUCUCUUACGAAGCAUCAAACGAACAGCUGAGCAACAAGUUCACCUAUCCGUCCUUCUUCCGGACAAUCCCCAGUGACAAGAACCAGGUAGCAGCCAUCAUCCAGAUCCUGGUUCGCUUCAACUGGACGUGGAUCGCUGUCCUGGGCAGCGACAACGCCUACGGACUGCAGGGGAUGGAGGGUCUGGUCAAACAGGCUCCGGACCACGGCAUCUGCAUCGCCUACCAGGGCAUCAUCCCCGCCUACAGAGCCGACACCGUCCAGGUCAUGAGGAACGUCGUGGAUCAAGUCCUGAAAACCCAAGUCGGUGUCAUCGUGGUGUUCUCCAGCAGGACCAAACUCAACAAGUUCAUCCCGUUCGUCAUGGAGCGGAACAUCACCAACAAAGUGUGGAUAGGGACAGAGGACUGGUCGGUGUCUUCUCUCAUAUCAGGGAUUCCUGGGGUCCACACCAUCGGGACUGUGAUCGGCGUGGCAGUUAAAUAUGUGGCCUUCUCUAGUUUUAAGGAGUUUGAGCGACGGGUGCUUGAAGCGUCGAUGCAACAAAACGAGCAGAAAGACUCUGAUGGUCCCGUGGAUGAAGGCGACGUCUGUCUACAGAGCUUAGACCUGUACAGCCUCGUCAGGAUGAACUUCUCUCUGGAGGAAUACGACAUCACCUCCUCCUUUAACGUGUAUAAGGCGGUGUACGCCGUGGCUCACGCUCUGCACCGAACACUCGACUGUGAUUCUGGAGAAUGCAGCAAGAGACACGUGCAUCCAUGGGAGCUGCUCUAUCGGCUGAAGCAGGUGCGGUUCUCUCUGGAGAACUCUUCUGUAUACUUUGAUGUGAACGGCAACCCUCCCACAGGAUAUGACAUCAUCACCUGGAUCUGGAGAGGGACGAACUGGUCCUUCAGGAUCAUCGGCUCCUUCACACCCGACCCCAUUUCGCUCACGGUGGACGCUGAUGAGAUUGAGUGGUUCAACAGAGGAGGGCAGAGAGAAGUACCUCUGUCCAUCUGCUCUCCUCCCUGCCCCAAAGGCCACAGGAAGCUGCUGACGGGUCAACACACCUGCUGCUUCGACUGCCUGGCCUGUCCUGCUGCCACCUUCCUCAAUAAAAGCGAACCGACUCGAUGCCAGCCCUGCCUACCGGAGCAGUGGGCCCCACCCAGGAGUGAGGAGUGUCUGAACAGGACCGUCCUCCUGCUGGCCUGGAACACCCCCAUCUCCAUCGCCCUGCUCUUCUUCCUGGCCUCCUGCCUCCUCAUGACCUCCAGCUCUGCCGUCAUCUUCCUGCUCAACCUGAACACACCGGUGGUUAAAUCCGCCGGCGGCCGCACCUGCCUCCUGAUGCUGGCAGCACUGACCGCCGCCGCCCUCAGCUCUCUGUGCCACUUCGGAGAGCCGUCCCCUCUGGCCUGCAUCCUGAAGCAGCCUCUGUUCAUCUUCAGCGUCACCGUGGUCCUGGUCUGCGUCACCGUGCGCUCCCUUCAGAUCGUCUGCAUUUUCAAAUUUGCCUCCAAGCUGCCUCCGGCCUACGACAGGUGGGCCAAGAAGCACGGGCCGGAGGUCACCAUUUUCCUGUUGUCCUUCAUCAUCUUGGUCAUCUCUGUGCUCCGCGUGGCCCUGAACCCUCCCAGACCCUCCCAGGACCUGAACUUCUACCCGGACAGCAUCGUGUUGGAGUGCAGCCACACGCUGUCGGCCGGAGCAGGAGUGGAGCUGGGCUUCGUGUCGCUGCUCAGCGUCCUCUGCUUCUCCUUCAGCUACAUGGGCAAAGACCUGCCGGCCAACUACAACGAGGCCAAGUGUGUGACCUUCAGCCUCCUGGUGUACAUGAUGUCCUGGAUGAGCUUCUUCACGCUCUACCUCAUCAGCAGAGACCCGUUCACCAUGGCGGCGUACGUGUUCGCGACCCUCUUCAGCGUCGCGGCCUUCUUCGCUGGAUACUUCCUCCCCAAGAUUUACAUCAUCGUCCUGAAGCCGCAGAUGAACACGACGGCACAUUUCCAGAACUGCAUUCAGAUGUACACCAUGACCAAACAGUAGAACGUGUAGAAGCUGUUAGAUGACACAUAAUGUAGAUGUGUGAGGUCAAAUAAUGGUUUACUUUUACAUUGAUCUCAUUUUAAAAUAUAUGGGUCAAUAUAUAAUUGUGGCACUUUUUGUAUCAUAGUUGACAUUUUUGCUGUUUUCAGGCCUAAAACCAACAUGGCCGCCUACAACCAAACACCACAUGGCGGAAGGAAGGAGGAAAUGACAUCAUGUGGAACAGGUCAUGUGAUCUGGAAUUAACACACUUCCUGGAGAGGAGUUUUUGGAACGGGGAGCUUAGUGGAAAGGGAUUUAAUUUUUUAUUUUCCACAUAAAAUUUGAUAUAUUGCCAAAAAAAUAAAUAUCUGUCAUGAUUAUGUCAACUUAAUAAAAAGAACACAAUCCAAACUA